UCUAGUCUAUGCUUGUGUAGUAUGGUGGUCGAUUUACCAAUAUUUUUCAUAAAUUGUUUGUUGAAUUAGGCGGGAAGCAAGUUUUGUCAUUUUAUAAACAAAAAUGAGUGUAGAAGAAGAUGUUAUGAAAAUACAAAAGAAAUUGACUAAGAUGACAUCAGAAGAUGGCACGGGUCAAGAAGAGGCAUUGGAACUUUUAAAGGCUCUACAAACAAUGGCCAUUAACUUAGAUGUCCUUACCAAAACCAGGAUAGGGAUGACAGUGAAUGCUUUACGCAAGUCCAGUAAGGAUGAAGAAGUAAUAUCAUUGUGCAAAACAUUAAUUAAAAACUGGAAAAAGUUUUUGUCAACACCAGCUACACCAUCUAAGGACUCAGGUGGUUCAUCAAAGUCUAAGAAAGACUCAAGCAAAGAUAAAGAGAAAAGGGAUGAAAAAGAGAAAGACAAAAAAUUACCAGCAUCAUUUCCACCACAGUCAAAUACCACCGAUGCCGUCAGACUAAAAUGUAGAGAAUUGUUGAUGCAAGCAUUAAAAAUUGAUGGUGAAAACCCUAAUGCAUGUGCAUCUCCUGAGGAACUUUCUGAAGAGUUGGAAGAAUGCAUUUAUGCCGAGUUCAAAAAUACAGACAUGAGGUAUAAAAACCGGGUCCGGUCUCGAGUAGCAAACCUUAAGGAUCCUAAAAACCCUACAUUGCGAACUAAUUUCUUGAAUGGAGUCAUUGCUGCUUCUCGUCUUGCCAAAAUGACACCAGAAGAGAUGGCGAGUGAUGAAAUGAAAAAACUUCGGGAGAAAUUCAUUAAAGAAGCCAUUGAUGACGCGCAACUCGCAACCGUACAGGGUACUAAAACAGAAAUGCUCAAAUGUGGUAAAUGCAAGAAGAAGAAUUGUACUUACAAUCAACUACAAACUAGAAGUUCAGAUGAACCUAUGACUACUUUUGUUUUAUGCAAUGAAUGUGGCAAUCGCUGGAAGUUUUGUUAAGACUGCUUUUAAUAUAUUUAGAGAAAUAGUGUAUCUUUUAUUGUAUGAUACACUGGUGUAUCAAAUAAAUAUUCUUAACUUUUA